CGAAAAUAAAUUAAUCGUGAUAGGAGCAUUUAUAACAUGUAAUACUAGGAGCACUUUGUAUUUUAUUAAAACAGUAAAUCGUUAAAAACAGUUUAAUAAGGCAUCGCGGUACUUCCGGGAAUGUGUAUUCGAAAAAUCAUGUCUCGAAAAUUACGAAAAAACUAAUGUAAGUGACCAAACAGAUAGUACAUUUUGCAAAACAAUCGACACGGUAAAUAUGUCGACGUCGCCAGAAUAUGUUGGAUUAAAGCAGCCUAUUAGGCGCUUGGAAAUACAAAUUAACAAUUUCAACGUUGCUAUACCGCAUCACGUUGAUUUAUUGAAACGGCACAAAAAUAACAUUCAGAAGUAUCAAGCACAGCAAGAAUGGCAGAGAAUGCACAAGGAACACAUAAAUGUAUCGAGAAUCAUAAAACAACUCAAAGAGAUACUGUAUCAAAUAGACACUCUGAGAGCUCAAGUUCUUGAUUCUGAUAUUAACGAAUUUGACAAAUUGACUGCCAAUGCACGUGCAAGUAUCAUGAAUGCAGUGGAAGAAUACAUGGAGCUGCAGCUGAAUUUGACCUCUUUAUCACCAACCUCAUCCAAAGAUGAAGAUCAAGCUGAAAGUCACCCACUUGACAAUAGAUAUGUGCAGUUGCAGGAAAAACAGCAAGAGUUGCAACAUCAGGAGACAUGUCUGCAUGCUUGGACAAAUCUACAAGGAGAUAUACAACAACUGCAUCAAUUAUUUGUUGAUUUCAACAAAAUUGUAGAUGAUCAAAAGGAGCUAGUGAAUGCAGCAGAAGAUAAUGUGGAGGAAGUAAGCAUAAAUGUUGUACAGGGUGAAAAAUUCCUUCAGAAAGCUGCUAGGUACAAAGUUGCAAUGUACCCUUUGGCAGGAGCUGUACUUGGAACUUGCAUUGGUGGACCAGUUGGUUUAAUAGCUGGAUUAAAAGUUGGUGGACUGACUGCUUUAGGUUGUGGUAUUUUAGGAUUUACAGGAGCAUCGUUGUUAAAGAAAAAGGAAAUAGAAAUGCAGAAAUCAAGAAGUACAGUGGGAGAAAAUUUAAUCGAGCAGAAACCUAUGCAAAAAACAAUCUCUUUGCCUGAAAAUUUAAAGGAAACUAAGAAGGACUUGUGACCUACACCAAAAUGUGAUAUUACUAAUAAGGACAAAAAGAAAAAUGCGUGUAAUAUCGUUUAAUCCGAAAGCAACGAUAUUAAGAAUCCAGCAUUAUAUUUGAAUGUCCUUCAGAAAUAUUUGUUUUAACUAUGUAUAUAAAA